AUUACUUGUAGCGUCUCGAGUCCGUCCACCACAGGUUUUCUUUCGCUGUCCUCCACGAGGACCACCGCAAGCAGCCCAGCGUUUCUAGGUUCGCCACGACAUCGACACCGACGUCGACAGUCUCUCGUACUUCUGUACUAUACGCAUCCUCACCAUGUCGAGCCAGCCUCUCCUCCAGACCGCCCCAGGCAAGCGCAUUGCACUUCCCACGCGUGUCGAACCAAAAGUCUACUUCGCCAACGAGCGCACAUUCUUGUCCUGGCUGAACUUCGCCGUCAUUGUGGGCGCCCUGGCCGUCGGCAUGCUCAACUUCGGCGACAAGGCCGCCAAGAUCUCUGCGUUCUUUUUCACCGGCGUGGCUGUCGCUACACUUAUAUAUGCGCUCAGGACGUAUCACUGGCGUGCGAAAUCGAUACGUACUAGGGGUCAGGCUGGGUUCGACGACAGGUUCGGACCUACUGUGCUGGCAGUUCUGCUGCUUGUGGCUGUAUGUGCCAACUUCGGGCUGAGGAUCGCAGAGUCUUCCAAGAAGAACAGUGGCACACAGCCAUGAGUCUCAAAGGCCAAGCAAUCGAAUGGGACAUCGAAAAGAGCCACACGUAAGAUGAGAUGAACAGAGGAAAUCCGGAGAGGUCAUCUCGGCACAGCGAUGAGGGCCUUGAGGUCUUCUAUCUAUAUAUAUGUUCACCUCGGAUCCUUGGAUCAUUGUCCCCGACAGCGUCAAGUAUCUUAGGGAGGGGGUCGACCAAAGCGACGGAGCGGCUGAGGUUGGAGACAGUUCGUCGUUCUAUGUGAGCAUUUGCUGGCGGACAGCACAGUCAUAGGAGCUAAGUUGAAUGUUCAAUUCAUCACU